AUGAAACUAAGCCAAGCAAAUGAUCACUAUACAACUCUUAUGAAUAAGUACAAGGGAUAUAUUGAUACAUGGGAUGCAAUAUAUGCAUUGGAUUCAGAUGAAAUAGAUUCAACAGCAGGAUUAUACGAAGAAAUCAAAAACAACUUAAUUGAUACUGGAUAUUUUACAGCAAAGGAGAUGAUUGAUUUGAUAGGAAAUAUUUGCAAUAAGAGUUUACAUUAUCGUCGUGGCUACAUAGAUUUAAUGAAGAGAAUAAUUGAAGAACAUCAAUGCACUGACAUUUAUAAUAUCUCAUUUCUUUCACAAUAUGAUGAUAUUAAAAUAAAUACGUCUGAAUAUGCAAUAAUGAAUGAUAACGAAAAUGAAUUAUUGUAUCAUUUAAAAAACGAGAAACUUAAUCUCACUGAAAUCCUUGAAAAAUGUUGUUUAAGAGGAGCUGUUAAUUGUUUCAAGUUAUUACAAAAAGAAUUUGACAUAAAAAUCACCAAAGAAUGUCUUGAUGCUUCAUUUUUAGGGAACAAUCAAUAUAUCAUUGAUGAAUGUUUGAAAGAAAACAAUCCUGAUGAUGACACAAUGAAUGCUGCGAUUGAAUCUCAUAACAUCACGAAUUUUUAUAAAUUACAUCAGGAAUAUCAUCCAAAAACCCAAUUAAUGAAUGUUGGUAUAUACAAAAAUCUUCAUGCAUUUAUUUAUAUUUUAAAUGAAACUGAAGAUUUCAACUUUACUUUUAUUGUAUCUCCAUAUUUUCAUAUUCCAUCUUUUUGUGAAUAUAUGUAUCAGAAUGGUGCAGAUAUUAAUUAUAUGAAUGAUCAAGGCACAACAGCUCUAGAUAUUGCAGCGAUUGAAAAUCAAACAGAUAUUGCAUUAAAUUUGAUUUUAAAUGGUAUUAAUGUUAGUGCACUAGAUUCAAGAAUAUUAAAUGAAAUAAUUAUGGAAAAUUAUAUUUUUAUGUUGGAGCUUCUUCUUUCUCAUGGAGCCAAUGCCAACACAGUAAUCAGUGAAUACAGCUUCAGUUUACUUCACAUGGCAUGCUAUGAUAAUAAUAUUAAAGCUGUUAAUAUUCUAAUUUCACAUGGCGCAAAUAUAAAUGAUGCUAGGAAUGAACAAAAACUUACCCCUCUUAUGCUUACAUGUAUGUUUAAUUGGAAAGAAAUUGCUGUACUUCUGAUUUCACAUGGUGCAAAUGUCAACAUGCAAAGCGCCUGUGGACUUUCUGCCCUUCAUAUAGCAUUACGUUGUAAGGUUAAAGACAAUUUUAAAAAAGAUAUGAUUGAACUUCUACUUUCAAAUGGUGCUAACAUCAAUGCAAAGGAUGAAGUAGGAUAUACACCUCUUCAUAUAGCAUCAGGCGAAUGUUCAUAUGAAAUUGUUGAAUUAUUAAUUUCUCAUGGUGCUGAAGUCAAUUCUUUAACUAAUGAUGGAGCGACUCCUCUUGAUUUCACUACUCGGCGCAAAUCAAAAACUCCUGAUUCUUCACAAGAAUCACAAAAAAUAAUGUCUCUCUUAAUAUUGCAUGGCGUCAAAAAUUUUCUCACUGGGUUUUCGUCUAUCAAUCUCAGCUCAUUAUAUACGCAACCAAUCAAAAAUCUGAUAUGGGAGUCCAAGGCUAACUUUUUGUUGUCUACCUAA